AUGGAAGCUGUUCAGACAUUUGGUCGCAAGAAAACUGCUACUGCCGUCGCUCAUUGUAAGCGUGGUCACGGACUUAUCCGUAUUAACGGCUCACCCAUUGAACUCCUUGAACCCGAGAUCUUAAAGUUCAAGGUAUAUGAAGUCAUUCUUCUUUUGGGUGAAGAGCGUUUCGCCAACACUGAUAUCAGAAUCCGUGUCAAUGGUGGUGGUCACACCUCUCAAGUUUAUGCCAUUCGUCAAGCUCUUGCCAAGGCCAUUGUUGCUUUCUACCAAAAGUUUGUUGAUGAAGCUGCCAAGAAGGAGAUUAAGGAAAUCCUUGUUCAAUACGAUCGUACUCUUCUCGUUGCCGAUCCUCGUCGUUGUGAACCCAAGAAGUUUGGUGGUCCCGGUGCUCGUGCCCGUUUCCAAAAGUCUUAUCGUUAAAGACCCCUUUUAUACACAUUUUGAUAAAGCCUUCUUUUUUUUUUCACAUUC